AUGUCCCUCGUUGCUCUCUUUCUCGCAUCUCUUCUAUUCAGCUCUCUGGCUUUAUCGCAGCCCGCUGGCUUCAAGCCGGUCCCAUUGGCCGGCGCAGUCUACCCAGCUCCUGCCCAUCUUAGCCAAUCCGAGACCUUUGCAAAAGCCAACGAGACGUUCAACAAUGAAAUCGUGCGAGCCUUCAAAUCGGAGAGCAUCUAUGGACCUUUGCACUACAACGCGUCCUUCUCGAUCGAGAUCUACUCCCUGAAUGAAGACGCUCCCCUUCUCACCCACCAUUUCACGGGCCCAAAACUACCAAGCGAGUCUGGCGUGAAGAUUGUCAACUCCGACACCAUCUACCGGCUAGGAAGCAUCUCAAAACUGCUCACGACUUACGUCUACCUCAUCAAUGCAGGCUUCCAAGGUUGGAACGAUCCGAUCACCCAGUAUGUUCCUGAGCUACAGCAGUACGCUGAGAAGAGCAAGACAAGUCCAAUCGAUGUAGUCGAAUGGGAUGCUGUGACCGUGGGUUCCCUGGCCAGUCACUUGUCCGGUAUGACUCGAGAUGGCUCGCAGCCUCCAUCGACUGAUGCGAAACUGGCUGUUGCUGGCCUUCCAAAGGUACCAGGCGUACCUGGAAACUACUGCGGCGACCCUGUAGUACAGGAAUUCCCCUGUGACGAUGAGAGCUACCUAGAGAAUGUCCUCUUCCGCCAUCCGGUCCUCCAAACAUUCGCCGCAAGCCCUAUCUACUCCAACGCAGCUUGGAGGCUUUUCACAAUGGCUUUGGAGAACAUCACCGAGAGACCAUUCUCCACUCUCUUUGAGGAAACGUUCGUCAAUGCGCUCGAUCUUACUGCAACCUCAGAUACUGUUCCGUCGUCGGAUGAACAAGCGGUUGUACCCGUCAAUUCAUCUAUAAGCUGGUUCGAUGCGGAUCUGCGGGCAUUCGAGCCCGCUGGCGGGCACUACUCCACGAUCAACGACCUCACCAAAGUCGGCAAGGCUAUCUUGAACUCGACCUUGAUCCCUGGUAGCUACACACGACGAUGGAUGAAGCCGGCGGCGUUCACUUCCGACCCUAAAAGUAUGGUUGGUGCACCCUGGGAGAUCUUCAGAGCGCCAAUGAAUCGAACAUCCUGGAUGUAUACCAAGUCUGGCGAUCUCGGUCUUUACUCGAACAAUAUGAUCCUCCUGCCGGAGUUUGGCAUUGGUAUUACUGUUCUCACUGCCGGUUUCCAAGCCUCAGCUACUUCACGGAUUUUAUCAGACAUCAUUACCUCUUCCUUUGUUCCUGCUUUUGAUCAGGCAGCAAAAGAGGAAGCUGUUCCUGCAUUCGCCGGUGUUUACACUGACGUGAAGACCAACUCGACAAUGACUCUGGAUGUUCUAACGGACGAACCAGGCCUAGUCAUAACUAGCUGGACCUUCGGUGGCACAGACGUCUUUGCCAUUAUGCAGAAAGCCAUGAGUACCACUGCUACCAUUGUAGGUCACAUGUACCCCUCCGGCCUGAACUCUCCAGACGGCAAGCAAGUAGGCUGGCGUGCAAUCUUCGAGUCCCAGACAGCGAAACCAGCUGGCGUCUUUUCAUCCAGUGGAACAACGUGGUUUUCAGCGGAAGGAGUGGUGUAUGGAGGACAAUCAAUUGGCGAAUUUAUUUUCGAUGUGGGCGACGAAGGGGCGGAUGGGUUGGAAUUCAGGUUGUUCGAUCUACCGAUGGAGAAAACUACGGGAAGCCUGAGGAAAAAGGGAAUUUCAGGGCGGAGUUCGUAA